AGUGUAAAAAUGUCGCAUUUAAAAUUAAAUUGUGUUUGCAUUUUACUUUGCUUUGUCGUUGGAUGUACUCACUUUUGCUGUGCGAAUGAAGAUUCAUGGGGAAAAGAUAAAGAGUGCAAGUGUAAAAAUGUAGAAGCAACCUGCUCUGGUUUUAAUUAUAUCCCGAAGCUGCCAUCAAACAUUACAAAAUUAAUAUUGAAAAAUAACAUUCUUACGGUGAUCAAUCAGAGCAGUUUUAUGAAUAUUUCCUCAGUCAACAUCAAAAAAUUAUGGUUUGAGAAUAAUUCAAUUGAGAUAAUUCAAGAUAAUGCGUUUUAUGAUUUUGAAUAUAUUGCCGAGCUUAGAAUAACAAAUGAGAAGUUAUUAAACAUUACAUCGCUGAAAUCUUCGUUUCAAAGUUUGACUAUUGGAACUAUUCGAAGUUUACAUUUAGAGAAAAACGAUUGGAAUGUACUUCCAGAUGACAUGUUUUAUCAUUUGUCAGGAUCUAAGAUCGAACUGUCGCUUAGAAAAAAUUUAUUACACAAACUAAAUUCAAGCGUAUUUCUACCAAUAGCAAACCUAAUGGAAUUGCAGGUUGAAGAAAACGAAAUUGUGAAUGUCGAUUUAAACGGCCUAAGGACAACUAGGUUUCUAGAUUUAUCAAACAAUAAUAUUUAUAAAAUACCUAUUUUUUGUAAUGACAGCGAUGAAACGUUUGUUCCGCAAUUGAAACAAUUGUCACUUGCAUACAAUGCUAUAAGGAAAAUUUCCAAAGAAUCUUUCAAAUGCCUUGAUACUUUAGAGUCACUAAAUUUGGAUGGGAAUCGUUUUCGAAGGUUGGAUAAUAAUAUCCUCGCCUCACUUCAUAACUUGGCGAAACUUAUCAUAGGGGAUAAUCAGCAGUUGAAAGACAUUGCUCCGUUCGCAUUUAACAGUUCGUCUUUACAGAAGCUACAUUUGUAUCGGAAUCAUUUUCGAUUUAGUAAGAAAAAAUUAAAGGACAAAAAAUUCAAUCCGCAAACAAUUUUUCAAACCAUACCUAAUUUAACAGAACUGGAUUUGUCGCACAACCAUUUAAAUGACUUUUCAAUAUUAUGGGAACUAUUUGCGUCUACACGGAAUAUCCAAAAGCUUACUUUAGUUUCGUCAGAUAUAACGACAAUUCCAGAUGAGUUGUUCCGAAAUAUGCCUCACAUCAAAUCGGUGAAUUUAGAAGGAAAUGAAAUAGAACGGUGGAACGAAUCACUCUUCGAUAAUUUGCCGUCCAUGCGUGAAUUGUAUCUUGAUGGAAACAAUAUUCAUAUUAUUAACGAAACGUCGUUUCCAUCAAACUUAUUUAAAUCACUAGAGGUACUAGAAUUAUCCGGUAAUCAAUAUCGAUGUACGUGUGAAAUAAAAUGGUUUUUGGAUACAAUUCGAUCAACGAAUCUUUCAACAAAAAUGCAGAGAAAUUGGCCGAGUCGUUAUACUUGCUACUAUCCUGAACAUCUCCGAUUAACGCUUCUUGCAAAUUACUUUCCAUCAAUUGCAGACUGUAAUUCGUUAAAUAUUGUCUAUCUGAUAAUAAUAACUGCAUGUUCGUCUGUUUUGAUAUUGCUUUUCUUUGUUAUAAUAACGUUCCAAUGUCAGAUAAAUUUUAAGAAUGCACUGUACUUAUUUCGGUUAAAGCAACGUAUGAAACGUGGGUACUUUAGUCUUGAAUCGUCAGAUGAUUACGAGUUUGACGCGUUCGUUGUUUAUUGCGACGUCGAUCGCCUAUGGGUCCAUGGCGUCCUGCUUAAACAUCUAGAAGAUUGUAACCUUAAUAUUUGUUUACAUGAUAGGGAUUUUGAUGUCGGAGAGCCAAUCCUUAACAGUGUUGGAAAAUACAUGGCGAAAAGUUGGAAGAUCAUCGUUGUUUUGUCUAACAACUUUGCUAAAAGCGAAUGGUGUCAAUGGGAAAUUGCCCUUGUACAAGAGCGGAGGCGCCGACAGGGAAAAGAGGUUUUGGUAUUAGUUAUGUACCAACAGAUUGAUUCGAAACACAUGAUUACUCCACUAAAGGCUUUACUCGACACAACGCCAUAUUUAUCAUAUAAGGAAGGGUUUGGAGAGUCUUUGUUCUGGACUGCCGUUGUUAAAGACAUUAAUAAACCUUUGGAUAUUCCACCAACUUCUAUUUUCUGAAUAAUAGAAUCGAUGUUAUAUGUUAAUGUUUCUUUCUAUCAUUGCAACCCAGCAAUGCUGCAUUUUUGCACAUACAAAGCAAAUUAAUGUACUCAAACAGUCUUCACGAUAAACUUUUAAAUCUACAGGCCCAGAGCUCAAUUGUGGGACAAAAGUUAGAUUCUGUUGA